GGGGGAUUGAGUUCCCAUCCAGACGUCAUGCUCCGGGCCUUGCGGUUUGCAGAGCCAGGGCGUGACAUCUUCGGCUUUGCAGCGCCUCUGCAAGUGAGGGCCUUCGCCAAGAAGGGCAAGAGAAAGAAGAAGCCCAAGCGCGCAGAUCGCACGGAGGAGCAGAAGGCGGCAAGUGCCGGCCAAUCCGAGCGCAUCUUCGACAAUAUCAUGGAGCCCGAGACGCCGCACCGGAUGAGCCUCACCAUCCGCCAGCACAUGCGGGGGCUCAUGUCGGAUGGCCGCCACAACAUCCGCCGCAAGAAGGACUUGACCCGGUACACCAACUACCGGGUGAUGCGCAUCGCCGGGCUGACCCACGACAACCCCACCGAAAAGGUGGACCGCAGGGGCUUCGUCACGCCAUUGACGGAGCUUCAGGACAGGGCAACGCUGCCGCGCUCGGCCAAUGACAUCCGCUUUCGCUACCCUCACACUCUCAGCUACAAGGUCUACUGGGGCCCACCCUCGGUGCAAGACGAGCCGAAUGAGUAUGAAGGCUCUAUGGUCGGUUGCAGGGUGGCAGUGCGCUUGUGCGACCUGCCACUUACUCAGCGGCAGAAAGAGCGGCUCGUGGAUAUCGUUGGCACAAAGCGAGUGUGCGAGAAAACGGGGGUGGUGACGCUCGAAGCGGAUCACUUCCCCGAGCGGAACCACAAUGCCGCCCUACUCGGGGACAUGCUGGAGCAGCUUAUGAGAGAGGCCAUGCAGGCCGAGCCGGUGCCAGACGAGUGAGUGGGAUAGCACGCCCGCGCGCUGGCUUCCCAGGAUCCCUUUUGCAACCAGUGCA